UGGAUGUCAGGGAUGGAUGUCUGUCCGGUCCAUGGCUGACUGCUAGGUACACUUUCCUUUCCGCACAGACAAACUGACAGACAGCCAUUCCAUUCCAUUCACACUAGUUACCACAGCCAGCCAACCAGACGGUCCAUGCGUCCUGCCCCGUAUCACCCACACACCACACCCCCACCCAUCGCCCCGUCCGGCUGGCUACACGGCUGUCGGCCCGGCCCCAUCAAUCAUUCGAUUUGUGCUGCGUCGUUGAGUUUGGUGCACGUCUCCUCGAGCAGCCGCAGCAAAGUCUCCUCCGUAGCCUCACGCUCCUGACGCUCCUGUGGGUAAGCAUAGGAUACGUGUGUUGACAAACAACCAGCCGAGAGGGGGAGGGGGAGGGGGAGGGGGAGUGGAACGGAAUGGCAUGUGUGUGUUGGUCAAUCGGAUGUGCGGUUCGGUGGGGUAGGUGCGUACCAGUGCGAUUUCGUGCCUGACUUUGGCGACUACGUCCUCGACCAGCUUGUACACUUCUUCCUCCAUGACCCUCCUGCAGCAGCAAUCAAUUGAGACACACACCGCAAGUAGAAGUUGUGUGGCAUGUGUGUGAUGUGACGUGACAUGACGUCCACCCACUCCCCCACCUGGCAUGUUCCUCGUCGUGCAGCUGCUGCCGCAGCCGACUGAUCUCAUCCAU